AUGUCAAGAGGGGCAUCACUGUCCAUUUCUGGAUCUUCAUCUUAUGCAGUGUUGAAUAAGCCGUUUGCCUUGACGUGUACAGUGUUACAGGCUGCUGGUCUGAAUGAUAAAGUACACUUCUUUACAAAAGCACAAACGGAUGCGUUUGUUUCUGUCAGACAGAAUGGUGGCUCGUGUUCGUUGUUCAGUAGACCACCUGCAGGUUACACUGUAUCCUGUGGAAGUGGAACAGACACCAGCUUGUCCACCACUAAGACGUAUACUCUGGUGAUCAACAGAGCUGCAGUACGUGAUGCUACAGACUGGUGGUGUAAUCUGGAUAUAGCUGGAACACGGAGCAACACAUUUAGGCUGCAGCUCAGCAGUGGUCCAGACUCUGUUACAUUCAGUCCAUUACCACCUGGGUCUGUAGCAGAAGGAGACAGUCUGUCUGUGACAUGUGCUGCUAGUUGUAUACCACCAUGUUCCUAUUUCUGGACUCCGAGACAUCAGCCGAUCUCACCAACCUCUCGGUUAAAACUGACAAACAUCAACAGGAGUCAGACAGGAAAUGUGUACACGUGUACAGCGACCAACACAUUUUUAUCAACAUCUAAAACUAAACAGUUCACACUGACGGUGUACUAUGGUCCAGACAGUGUCCAGCUGAACACCACUUCUCCUCUGACAGUGAAGGAAGGUGACAAUGUAGCUGUGCCAUGUGAAGCGACUAACUGUUCUCCAUCCUGUUCUUUCACGUGGAAGUUUAAAUCUCAGAUAAAAUCAACCAGCGAUGUGCUGUCAUUAAAUAACAUACAGAGAUCAUCAGCUGGUGACUAUACGUGUACUGCUAGGAACACGAAUACACAGACACCAUUAGACAAGACCAUUACUCUGGAUGUGCGGUACCGAUCUUCAACCACAUCUCUGACUUUGAACUCUCAGUCUACAAAGGCUACAGUUGAUGAGCUGACUGCUAUGAUUCUGAGAUGUGAUGUUGACAGUAAUCCAGAAUCUCACAUCAAACUGUUAAACAAUUCACAGACUCUGCGUGAAGUGACAAAUUCUAAAAUGGCUGAGUACACAUGGAACGAGGCUGGAUGUCUGGAUACAGGACACUACACGUGUGAAGCGGGAAACAACAUCAAGUCAGCUGUCAGUGAAAGUGUGCAGCUUGUUGUUAGAUGUUCACCAAGACAAGAUCAUCGAGUUCCAUUCCAGAAACAGUUUGUAGCAGCAGUAGGUGGUGAUGUAACUCUGAAGAUAUCUGUGAUUGCCAACCCAACACCGACAUUCACCUGGUACAAACUGACUAAUGGAAACAAAAAUAGACUUGGGUCUGGUAGUUCAUCUACAACUGACGUAUCUGCUGUUGGAAAACUUACACUGACAAAUGCUCAGCAGAGAGAUAUUGGUACCUAUCAGGUUGUUGUGUCAAAUGGAGCUAAAACCACAGAUCUUGUUGAGAACCUCACAAUUGAUGUAGCAGGUCCUCCGAGUAUUCCUCCUGAAUUCAAAGUAUGGAGCAGAGAUCCACACUCAAUGUUGGUUGUUUGGUUAGAAGGAUUUAACGGAGGAUCAGAGCAGAUGUUUAUUGUACAAUACCGAGCAGACACAACACCACAGUGGACGAAUCUCACAGACGUCAUUCCAGGAAAAGGCGUUAACACGAUUCAGGAAGCUGUUAUACCAAAUCUUCAAUCAAACACGAGAUAUCUGGUGCGGGUUUUGGCUUAUAACAGAUACGGGUACGAAGACUUUACUGAGGAACAGGAAGCUUUGACUUCACCUUCAGCCUCAUCAAACGAAGUAACUGGAGCAGGGAUUGCAGUGGGGAUUGUGAUUGGAAUUGCUGUCGCUGCUGUGUCAGCGACUGUCUUUGUUAUUUUGUGGCGACGAGGCUAUGUGUGUGCAUCUUCAAAAUCAGAUGGGCAGCUGUCUGAAGGUAAUAUCCAUCAACAUAUACCACUAGACGACACAAGACGUGGCAAUAAAAAGGAUGACCAGACAAACACAUACGAGGGACUUGGAACUCGAGAAGAUACGCCGUAUGCAAAAAUGGAACUUUAUGAAAAUCUCAAGACAUGAGAAACCAUUAUAGUGAUAUACGUCACAGAAUUAUGUUGCACGACGUACACGUAACAUUGAAACUUUCUGUUGGACUUUCACGAGGCCAAUCCACGAUAUGCUUAAUGACACGUCACAGACUAACGUGAUAUCUAUGCAAUAACUUAUAUUUGGUGUGACAAUA